AGGAGUCUUAUUUUCAACACCUCAUCUUUGAUAUUUUGUACUUUUUUCUGUGAUUUUAUUUUUAAUUCUCUUAAAAGUGAGUUAAGUGUAUCGAAGAAGCAAUGGGAGUUGCACUAAUAUUAUUAGGUUUAACAAUUGUUGCUGUGACAAUUUAUUGUUAUGUGAAAAGAAGAAGAAUUCUAAAGAUGGUUGGGCAUUUAGAUCAUUUUCCGCAAUGGCCUAUUAUCGGUGGAGUGCACUCUUUUGCUGGGAAAGAUGUUGCAGGAAUUACGGCAACAAUAGACUAUCUUCUGAAAAACGUAAAACUUCCGGCAUAUACCUGGGUUGGACCCCUUAAACUAAUAAUGGUGAUAGAUGAUCCUGAUGAUUUAGAAACUCUUUUAUCUGAUCCAGCAGCUUUAUACAAGCCAUAUGUUUACAAAUUCUUCAAGAACGACCGUGGAUUAGUUACAUCAGCACCUCACAUCUGGAAGGUACAUCGGAAAAUCUUGAGCCCAUCCUUCUCGAUUAGUGUCAUGAAACACCUUAUCCCAAUGUUUAAUAAGAAAAUCACCAAAAUGGUUAACAACCUGAAGCAACUCGAACAGGGAGUUGACGUCAAUUUACUUGAUCACCUCUAUAUGUGCACCUUGGACAUGAUCUCAACGUCAGCAACUGGUGUGGACAUUGACCUCCAAGAUGGGACAAAUCGUGAAUACGUAAAAGGCGUAAUUGCGGGGGCUGAUCUCGUUGCAAAACGCAUUAUCACUGUACCCUAUCACAUUGAGUGGAUUUACAGACUAUCCAGUCUUUAUAAUGUUGAAAAGAAAGCUCUUAAAGCUGUAAAUCAAUUCCUUGAUGGUAUAAUCAAGCUUAAAAGGACUAUGUUUGAUGAAGCAGCUGAUGCUGAAGAAGAACGCCGAGAAGAGCUUGCAAAGCUCAAUAAUGAGGAAAUUGAAACGAAACCUAAAAUUGUUAUUAAUCAACUCUUUCGGUACUGGACCCGUGGUCAGUUGGAUUUUCAAGAUGUUCGUGAUGAACUGGAUGUUAUGAUCUACACUGGAUCGGACACAUCAACGCAUUUAGCUUCCUACACCCUUCUUAUGUUAGCAAUUCAUCCGAAUAUCCAAGAAAAAGUCGUUGAGGAACUUCAGAGUGUUUUCUACGAUGAAACAGUUCCCUUUGACUAUGACAGUAUUAAACAGCUCACGUACCUUGAGAUGGUAAUUAAAGAAACUCUUCGCCUCUACCCAGUGAUCCCGUAUAUUGCACGAGAAGUCAGGGCAGAUGUGAAAUUGAAAAACUUCACAGUCCCAUCGGGAACAAUGAUUGGUGUCCCUUUCAUUCGAAUGAAUCGAAACCCGGAAGCUUUUGGACCAAAUCCCGAACUCUUCAACCCUGACCAUUUUCUCCCUGAACGUGUAGAGAAGAGACAUCCCAACCAAUACAUGCCAUUCUCAUUUGGCCCUCGAAACUGUAUCGGUAUGAUCUACGGCACAUAUUCAGUCAGAUGCAUCGUAGCGAUGAUGAUGAUGAACUUUAGAAUAAGCACACGAAUUAAGUUUAAGGACAUAAAGGUCGUCUACAACAUUACACUACGAAUAACAAAUGAGAAUCUCGUCAAUCUCACGCCACGUCAUGAUUUCUGUCUUCAAAUGGAUUUCUUUAGUGUCUUCAGUAUUUUACUAAUAACCACUGUAUCAGUGCUUUUAAUUCACAUCCAAUUGCGCAAGAGGCGGCUUAUUAAAUUAAUCGGAGUUAAAGUGAGUCGUUUUCCCGAAUUACCCCUCAUAGGAGCGGCCUAUGCAUUCUUGGGAAAAGAUUGUGCAGGAAUUACCGAGACAGUUGAUCGCAUGCUGAACAGCGUUAAGCUACCUGUUUACACUUGGAUCGGUCCAUACCAACUCUUCCUCAUCAUUGAUAAUCCCGAAGAUUUGGAAAUUCUCCUAUCAGAUCCAAAUGCCUUGGAGAAGCCUUACAUUUAUAAAUUCUUCAAGAAAGAUCGCGGUCUAAUUGCAGCUAAAGCAAACGUUUGGAAGGUGCACCGCAAAAUCCUAAGCCCCUCAUUCAGCAUCAACAUGAUCAAGACCCUAAUACCGACAUUUAAUCGUAAAGCGCAAAAAAUGAUAGAUAAACUGAAAAAUGAGAAGGAAGGUGUCGAUAUCAAUCUACUUGAGCACUUUUACACUUGUGCCGUGGACAUGAUCACGUCUGCUACAACGGAGGUUGACAUUGACAUUGAUGAUGAAAGAAAUCGCGAAUACAUACGCGCUGUAAUUGCUGGUGCUGAUACAAUUGCUUACCGUAUGAUUCAGCCGCAUUAUCACUUUGACUGCAUCUACGGAUGGUCUAAGCUGUACAAAAUCGAACAGGCUGCCUUUAAGGUGGCGGAUGAGUUCUUGGCGAGAAUUAUCAAAUUGAAGAAGGACUUGUUUGAUUCAAAAGCAGAUGCGGAGGAAGAGAAACGCGAAGAGAUGGCUAAACUACGAAAUGCGGAAUUCGAGCAGAAACCUAAAUCUGUCAUUAAUCAACUGUUUCGAUUUUGGUCAAAGGGAACGAUUGGUUAUCAGGAUGUACGGGAUGAGCUUGAUAUUAUGCUUUAUACUGGAUCAGAUACAUCCACGCAUCUGGCUUCAUACACGGUCCUAAUGUUGGCCAUGCAUCAGGAUAUUCAAGAGAAGGUUGUUGAAGAACUAAAAAGGGUUUUUGUCGAUCCUUCCAUUCCUAUUGAUUACGACAGCAUCAAGCAACUUACGUACUUGGAUAUGGUUAUCAAGGAAACACUAAGGCUAUAUCCUGUAAUCCCAUAUAUAGGACGCAAUACUACAAAGGAUAUUAAGCUGAAGAACCUAACCGUUCCAUCUGGAACAAUGAUUGGAAUUCCACUCAUGAAAAAUAACCGAGACCCAAUUGCAUUUGGACCUAAUCCCAAUCUAUUUGAUCCCGAUAAUUUCCUCCCGGAACGAGUAGCAAAAAGACAUCCUUACCAGUAUCUGCCAUUUUCCGGAGGUCCUAGAAAUUGCAUAGGAAUGAUUUACGGCCUCUUCUCCGUACGCACCAUUGUGGCAUCGAUGAUGAUGAAUUUCAAAGUCAAAACAGCCCUACGCUUUGAGGACAUUAAACUCGUCUACAACAUUUCCCUACGGAUAACUAAUGAAAAUCUCGUGAAAAUUGAGCCCAGGAAUUUUUGGACAGUAAAUAAUUAAAUUUAUGUUGGGAUUGUUUAUUAAAUUAAAUAUUUCAUCCAAACUA